CUUGUGCUAGACAGGGAGAAAAAGCUCGCCUUGUUAUCAUAGUUGAAUACUUCAAAAGGUGUGAAAUUUAAGGUUUUGUUCUUCCCUUCGGUGGCGAGUGCUUAGAAAUAAAUAUUAUAUAAAAGUGAAGAGGUCACAAUUUUAUUUUUUCCAAAAUUUUGGAAACCUUUUCCCUUAGCAAUUUGAACUUCAUAAAUUCAAGCUUAUAUAAUGACCAAAGAGGGACUGAUUUUAGGAAUAGGAAAUCCUCUCCUGGACAUCUCUGCUAGUGUUACGGAAGAGUUAUUGAAAAAGUAUAAACUAGAGCCUAAUAGCGCAAUACUAGCUGAGCACUCGCACUUGCCUUUGUAUAAAGAAAUCUCCGAACUUCCUAACGUGAACUUUGUCCCCGGCGGGGCAACUCAGAAUGCUAUCCGUAUUGCUAAAUGGAUUCUAGAAGCGCCCCGCUCUUGUACAUAUGUGGGGUGUGUGGGAAAAGACCGUUAUGCUGGCAUAAUGAAGUGCAUUUGCGAGAAAGAAGGAGUGCGAACUGUUUAUAUGGAAGACGACACGCUCCCUACAGGAACGUGCGCUGUACUUAUUACAGCCCAGCAACGUUCGUUAGUGGCUAAUUUAUCUGCUGCUAAAAACUUUCAUAUCAGUUUUUUGGAAAAGCCGGAGGUUGCUGCGCUUGUGGAAAAGGAAUCCUUUGCUUUCACUCCCCACUAUUUACUUUAUAUAAUGUCUUUCGUUAUUUGUAGGCUAAACUUCUCUAUUCUGCUGCUUACUUUUUAGUUUCUAGUUUUGAGUCGAUCUUCAAACUUGCCCAGUACUGUGCAGAAACAAACAAAGUUUUCUGCAUGAACUUGUCGGCUGUUUAUCUUGUCCGCUCGUUCAAAGCUCAAUUGCUUUCCUUAUCUUCUUACUGGGAUGUGUUGUGUGGAAACGAAACAGAGGCUUGCGCUUUUGCUGAAGAGAUUGGGCUGGAGGUGACCUCGUUGGAAAGUAUUGCCCUUGAGCUGAGUCGUAUGAAGAAGGAAAACCCACAAAGGCAGCGUGUUAUUGUAAUAACGCGAGGUCCUCUUCCGACUAUCGUCUGUUAUGAUGGCAGAGUAACACUGCACGAAGUCUCUCCGCUGGAAGAUGGCGAGAUUGUGGACACCAAUGCAGCGGGGGACGCCUUUUUUGGAGGGUUUCUCGCACAGUAUGUCAUGGGAAAGCCCCUCGACGAGUGCGUUCGGUGCGGGCAUUACACCGCGUGCGUUAUACUUCAACAGUCUGGGUGCACUAUUCCGUCGGGCCGCCCUGAGUACAUCAACUAAUGCUUAAAGAAUUAUUUAACCUGCGGAAAUAAUAUAGCUA